GCGGCCGUGCCGCCGAUGUGGGCUGAGCUCUUGUUGGUUGUGCCCCGCAGGGCCGGGCUGCAGCUGCUGCGGCGGCGGCACGGCGGGAGCGGCGCCAUGAGGCUGCAGGCGCCGCAGUUCCAGGCGCUCUUCACGCCGGGGCUGCGCAGCGUGGCCGAACUGUUUGAGAAGAAGAACUAUGAGCUGAGAAUAGCAGGAGGGGCUGUGAGGGAUUUGCUGAGCGGAGUGACGCCCCAGGACAUCGAUUUUGCCACCACAGCCACACCAGCAGAGAUGAAGGAAAUGUUCACAGCAGCUGGGGUUCGCCUGAUCAACAACAAAGGAGAAAAACACGGAACCAUCACUGCCAGGCUCCAUGAAGAGAAUUUUGAAAUCACCACUCUGCGGAUAGAUGUGGUGACGGACGGACGGCACGCAGAGGUGGAGUUCACCACGGACUGGCACAAGGAUGCUGAGAGGAGGGAUCUCACUGUCAACUCCAUGUUCUUAGGUUUGGAUGGGACUCUCUAUGAUUUCUUUAAUGGCUAUGAAGACUUGAAAAACAAGAAAAUCAGAUUUGUGGGCAAGGCAGCUGAGAGAAUACAAGAAGAUUAUUUAAGAAUCCUGAGAUACUUCAGAUUUUAUGGAAGAAUUGCAGAGAAACCUGGAGAUCAUGAAUCUAAUACACUGCAAGCAAUUAAAGAAAAUGCCAAAGGCUUGGCUGGAAUAUCAGGAGAAAGGAUUUGGGUGGAACUGAAAAAAAUACUUCUUGGAAACCAUGUCAAUCAUUUGGUUCAACUUAUGUAUGAGCUGGAUAUUGCCCAGUACAUAGGGUUACCACUUGAUGGGAAUUUAGAGGAAUUUGCCAGAGUCACUAAAAACAUCCAACACCUGUCUCCAAAACCCAUGACUGUCCUGACAUCCUUGUUCAAGGGGAAGGAUGAUGUCACAAACCUGGACCUGAGGCUGAAAAUCUCCAAGGAGGAAAAAAACCUUGGCCUUUUCUUGGUGAAGCACAGGCAGGAGCUAACCAAAGCCUCGGGGUCAGAACCACUUAGACCAUACCAGGACUUCCUGAUGGAUUCUAGGGAAGCUAACACCUACUCCAGGAUCCUUGAGCUGCUGAAGUACCAAGGGGAGGAGCAGCUGCUGAAGGAGAUGCAGGAAUGGACUGUGCCCUCCUUCCCGGUCAGCGGGCACGACCUGCGCAAGAUGGGGAUCUCCUCUGGCAAGGACAUUGGGACAGCACUGCAGCAGCUCAGGGAGGAGUGGAAAAAGAGUGGGUACCACAUGGACAAAGAGGAGCUGCUGAGCUGCCUGAAGAAGCUGUGAAGUGAAUAAUAACUGAACUGUUGGUGCCCUGAGUGGAGCUGAGGCUCACAGCCAGCUGAACAUUUGUCACGUUUAACGUUCUCAUGACUAACUCCUGACUUCUGCAAGGACAGGUUUCAUUCUGUAACAAUGUCAGACACUGUUGGCCACAUUCCACCUUCUCAAGCUCUCUUUGCCGUUUUUAGUGAUAAAUAUUCACUAUUUUAUCAUGACUUAGGGCAUGAGAGGUGAUGGCAAGAUUUUUCUCCUUCUGACUUCCUAUACCAAAAAGAAAACCCCAAAAUUCUCCCCAGAAGGCUGUUUGCAUCCUCCAGAUGCAAAUCAAAAAUCAUGGAGAGGUUUUCAUGUGCCUAGGAGACUGUGUGGAAAUAACGGGCUCUGCCUUAACUCUCUGGGAAAUAUUCACUCCAGCAGCUCCCAACAGCCUUGCCAUAGAAAACCAGAAUGACUUCUAGGACUAUUUUUAUUUUCCAGAAUUAUGAAUUUCAGUAGUUUUUCAGUAACUUCUCACUGAGUAACUAAAUCCACAGCAAGCUGGUGAAGGUUCUAUAUUGGAUUUUCAACUUCAGGGGUGAGACAAACAAUUAAUUAACAUUAACAAGGGAAGAUCCAGCUCCUUGCCUUGGGAAUUUGGAGCAGAGCUAUUCCUAGUCCUUAUGAAUGUCUUCCUAUCCUUGGAAUUUUUGGUUUGCUGUUAAAAAAUCUGAGAGCAGCUCUUGUGUGUAUAAAUCUCGUUGCAGGUUGAAGUUUUCCUACAGGACUGUGGUAACAAAUAAACUCCUUGGGAUUUCA